AAGGAAGCCAAGCCUCUCCCUCCGGCCGCCCCCAAAGUACAAAAGCAGAGAGAGAGAGAGCCGGUGGCCGGACUACUUCAUCGGCCGGGACCAUGGCUGCCUCCUGCCAGAGCUGGCUCGCCAACGAGGGCAGCAAACACCUCCUUUUGCUGCUCUGGCUGUCUCUCAACGCGGGGCUGUUUUGGAGAACCUUCCGGAUGUAUUAUCGGGGUCCUCAGUAUUACUAUCUGCAUCAGAUGCUGGGGCUAGGAUUGUGCCUCAGCAGAGCUUCUGCGUCGGUUCUGAACCUCAACUGCAGCCUGGUCCUCUUGCCCACGUGUCGGAUUCUCCUAUCCUUCCUCCGAGGAUCUCGGAAGGUUGCAAGCCGAAAAACCAGGAGGCUUCUGGACAAAAGCAAAACGUUCCAUGUGACAUGUGGCGUGACGAUAUGCGUCUUUUCAGUGAUCCACGUCGCUGCCCACCUGGUGAAUGCUCUGAACUUCUCUGUGAACUACAACGAAGAGUUCCUGGCGCUCAAUGCAGCCAGCUACCACGGCGAGGAUCCCAGGAAACUCCUUUUUGCUACAGUUCCUGGAUUAACUGGGGUUCUUAUGGUGUUGGUGCUCUUCCUAAUGUCUACAGCCUCUACUUAUGCCAUUAGGGUUUCUGAUUAUGACAUCUUCUGGUACACCCACAACCUCUUUUUUGUCUUCUACUUUCUGCUGAUGCUGCAUGUUUCUGGAGGAGUUCUGAAAUACCAAACUAAUCUAAAGGAGCACCCGCCGGGGUGUUUCAACCCUAAUGCAACAAUUCAAGAGGACAGGCAAUUUGUGGCUGGUUUUGAAAAGCUGCCCUCUAAAAAUGCCCUGGAGCCUCUCCCUGGAGGGUUGGUGGAGCUGGAACCACUUCUUCAAAGCAGCUUUGUGUGCACCGAGGAACCGAAAUUUCAAGCCCACUUUCCCGAGACAUGGCUCUGGAUCUCAGGACCGUUGUGUCUGUACUGUGCCGAAAGGCUUUACCGCUACAUCUGUAGUAGCAACAAACCUGUCACGAUAACUGCGGCCAUCAGCCACCCCUGCGAUGUCCUUGAGGUGCGGAUGGUGAAGGAGGACUUCAAAGCAAGACCUGGACAGUACAUCAUUCUGCAUUGUCCCAGCGUGUCGUCAGUAGAAAGCCACCCAUUCACCCUAACGCUGUGCCCAACAGCUUCCGAAGCAACUUUUGGGGUCCACGUUAAGGUCGUUGGCGACUGGACUGAGAGAUUUCGGGACCUGCUGUUCCUACAUUCCACUUGGGAUGCUGAGAUCCUGCCGGUCUUCCAGCAGAGGCAUUAUCCUAAGCUGUAUGUGGACGGUCCCUUCGGAAGCCCUUUUGAAGAGUCUUUCCAUUACGAGGUUAGCCUCUGUGUGGCUGGAGGCAUCGGAGUGACCCCGUUUGCAUCGAUCCUCAACACCCUGCUUGACGGCUGGGAACGCUACAAGCUUAGAAGGCUCUACUUCAUAUGGGUGUGCAGGGACAUCGCGUCGUUCCGCUGGUUUGCUGAUCUGCUCUGCAAGCUGCAUAACAAGCUCUGGCAAGAAAACCGACCAGACUUUGUAAACAUUCAACUGUACCUCAGUCGAACAGAUGGGAUGCAGAAAAUAAUUGGCGAGAAAUACCAAGUGCUGAACCGCCGGCUUUUGAUUGGUCGGCCUCGCUGGAAACUCCUGUUUAAUGAAAUCGCCAAGUGCAACCGACAGAAGACGGUUGGCGUUUUCUGUUGUGGACCCAAUGGAAUUUCGAAAGCCCUCCACAAACUGAGCAACAGCAGCAACCCCUAUGGGACGAGGUUUGAAUACAACAAAGAGUCCUUCAGCUGAAAGCCCCCGGGGCUUAAUAGGAACUGUUUGGAAGGCCUGAGUGCAAUUGAAAAGACUUCGAAAAUGAGCAGCGGCGACGUUGCAUACCAAAGAGUAGCCAAAGUCUUUCGUCUGUGCAUUUGUAUGUGUGUGUGUGUGUAAUUUAUAACUAUUUAAAACUCUAGAAAGGCAAAGAAACAAAACGAAAUACGCUCUAGCACGGAAGCCAAAAUACCGUAGGAGUUGGCCGUUCAUCUUUACAGAGGGCUUGAAUUAGCUGAAGACAAUUAGAGACGCAUAGGGUGGCUUAUAUGGCUGGCUUUAAGGUCAAUCUGUGCAUUAUUUGGAGUUUCUCCACCUCAGGGCAGCAGGCCCUGGAAAGGGGCACUAGAUUGAUCAGGCUGAGGGGUGGGGGGGGGAAUGUAUUGGAAGCGAAAUGCUGCUCUGCGCUGGCAAAUAAAUAAAGCAAUUUUGAAACGGAAAGGCUUUGAGCAAAAUUGUUACAGGAUUAAUAGCAGAGGGGAAAGG